AUGUCUUCACUUGGAGAAUCCGCGGCCGUUUGGCGUGACUGCACAACAGUCAAGGAGUUUUGCGAAAAAUUCCACUUACGAUAUACUGUCGAAGCUGGAAUUAAUUCGACCCUCGAAUCUUCCAAACCCCUGUCUUCUACACUUUUGAAACAUGUGAGAAAUUAUUUCGGUGCUGUCAAAGCGUACGAUGAAUUUAAGACUCUGCCUCUGGACCAGCAGGAAUAUCUUGAAAGAGCCAGGGACCCAAAGCACGACGACACACUCAUGAAGAUCCUUAUUUCUUGUCUUCAGGAGACUGGUCAAUUCCUUCCUUCUGAGGAUGAUGCUAGUGUCCUGGUCAAUAUUCUCAAAAAACAUGUGCCUCGAAAAGAAAGCCCCGCCCAGAAGAAGUUCAACGAUUCUCGAAAGCAAGUCCAAAAGCUUAGAAAUGCCUUCCACACGCAAGAGCAGGGAAAAGCCAAUGUCUCAGAAGCACUGUGGGAGAAGAUCUGCUCCUACUACAGCCAAUAUGACCCAGCAGCCUACUUCAGCCCGUACACUUCCAUUGUCGGCCCGAGUGGGAUCGGCAAAAGCUUCUCAAUACAAUCUAUUGCCAGAAAAGGGCUUGCUUACGUGGUUUACGCGAGCCUUUCACCGCAACUGGCCUCUUCAUACCCCGGUGCAUCCUACCUAGUCAACGAGUUGACCAGUACCAUGCCUAACUACGAGGACAGCGACAGGGCAAGAAUGACCACGAAAUUUGAGAUGUUUAUCGCUGCUAGUAUCCGUCAGGUUCGGCUUUGUUGCCGACACGGUAUCAGCCCGUCAGACUAUUUCACAAUGCAGGUCUAUGACGAUAGAGAACAAAAAAUAAUCCAAGAUGGACUCUUAAACGCCCUAAAGCGUUUAUAUGAACGCAUAAUAGGACCCCACGGUAUAAAGAGAAUCAAACUAAAUAGUAAUCGUGGACGUGACUUCAAAAGCGACGAGAUAAAGGAGUUUUUUGACCAUGGACACUACAUUGACGACGAAUUGGCGGAAUACGAAGAGGAAAUUGAGCCGUUCUUCGAAGAAUACGCAAAGGACUUGAAAGGGGGCAAGAUCCCGGACGCAGCAAAAGGCAAGCCCUACAUUUUAUUUUGCCUUGAUGAAGCACGAGCACUUCUCACUCCCUCGGAUAUGGCAUUUCUUUCUUUCCGACGUGCUGCGAGGCAUCAACAGAUUCAUGGCUUGUCACGAGGGGUGAAAGAAAACGAGAAAAUUUUCUUCGUUUUACUGGAUACGUGCGCAAAAUUCAACGUCUUCGUGCCUCCUCGAGGGUUUGACCCCAGCGCAAAGCUUACUGGAGACCCCCGCGGACAAUUCACGCCGAUUUGGGAAAUCUCUUCUCACGACAGUUUAGCAACAGGGCCCCAUACAAUCAAAGACUUGUCUACUAUUAAAUUUGACAACGAGUGGAAAAGGCGAUUGUUUACUUUCGGCCGGCCAAACUGGGCAAUCCAAUUACAAAUUGGUGGAACUCAUGGUCUAAAGAAUCACGCCACUCUGAAGAUGUAUGGUGGAUCAGACAAUAAAGAAUUCACCGAAGAGACUCUUACCAGCCUAUUGUCUUUCCGUCUGCAGUUCUAUGUAGUCUCACAUCAUCUCGGUGAGAGUUUGGUCUCUGGCCAUUUGAGGAUGGUCUAUGAUAUGAGCGAUGAUCGACGAAAAUUACGCACUAUCCAGCCUUCUGAGCCAAUUCUUGCCUGGGCUGCAUAUUCGGAAAUGGCAACUAGACCUGGUUGCAAGCUCGAAGUUCUCAAGAACUUCUACAAACAAUGCUCAUCUGGAUCUAUUGAUACUGGAGAUAUUGGAGAAAUGGCAGCAGCUCUCAUCUUAAUGUUUGCCUUCGACAAAAAACAGUCCCUAGAUCUAGAGACUCCGAAACCGCAAACUGUCCUUGAGUUCGUCCAAAGUUUGUUCGGGGAGAGCCAGACUGCCAAACUGUCCUCAGAGCAGGCAGGGAAACAUGUGACCAAAUUGAUGACGAAAGGCUUUGUCUUCUUCAAUCAUUUCACUCGCUUGGAAGGGCCAGUGAACCCCACCGUUCUCCGACAAGCUUGGGGUCGAGGUACGGCACUGUUUUCAUAUCCUGGUACGGCAUACUUCGACAUCAUCAUCCCUGUCGCCAUACUUGAAGAUAACAAGACGUCUUUUAUUGUUAUCCAAGUAAAAAAUAGACAGGGUGACCGAUUGACUGACGGCUUGCGAAACGAGGCAGGCAUUGCUAUUUCAAGUGCGGAAAAAGCCCUGCCUGAAACCAGUGCGUAUAUGGGUAUUUUAAUGGCUCUCCGCACUGAGAAAGGACCGGAAGUCGGCAUUAUUGCCGCAGAACCCUCCAAGAGCGAUCAGAAGAGACGGCGCCGUUCAAAGGAAGAAAAAAAGCGGGUCAUGGUCGUCGCCGUGGGCCUUGAUCACCAUAUCUAUCCGGGCAUGGCUAGCAACUCCAAGGAACGCAAGGAAAUCUGUAAGAUUUUACAGGAUCUGCUCAAUCUGAAGGGAAACAUCAAGGACAGCAAAGAAACCGCCUACCAGAAGAAUCUCGCUGUGGGGUAUAAAGAUAACUAG